GCCACGGGCCCUUGGAGAGGUGAGCGCUGGCGCCCCGCGGGUCCUGUGCUCGGAGACGGGACUCGAAGUAGGACCUACGGCGCGCCCGAGUCUCCCACCUCCUCCCCCGAGCGCGGGCCGGCGGGUGGUACGCCCCGCGGACUCUCACUGGGCACCCACCCGGCUGCGGGAGCGCGAGGCGCCGCUACUGUGGCCAUGGGCAGCUUCCAGCUGGAGGACUUCGCGGCGGGCUGGAUCGGAGGUGCAGCCAGCGUCAUUGUCGGUCACCCUCUGGACACGGUCAAGACUCGCCUGCAGGCCGGCGUCAACUAUGGGGACACCAUCAGCUGCAUCCGCACGGUGUACAGGAGGGAGAGUGUCUUCGGCUUCUUCAAGGGCAUGUCCUUUCCCCUUGCCAGCAUCGCGGUCUACAACUCUGCGGUGUUUGGGGUCUUCAGUAACACACAGAGGUUCCUCAGCCAGCACCACUGCAGGGAGCCCGGGGCCAGCCCAUCCGGCACCCUGUCUGACCUUCUCCUGGCCAGCAUGGUGGCUGGCGUGGUCUCUGUGGGGCUGGGCACGCCCGUAGACCUCAUCAAGAUCCGGCUGCAGAUGCAAACACAGCCAUUUCAGGAAGCCAACCUUGGUUUGAGACCCAGGGCGAUGACUCUUGGGAAGCCACCAGUCUACCAGGGGCCUGUGGAUUGCAUUGCAACCAUCGUGCGGACCGAGGGCCUGGCAGGGAUGUACCGGGGUGUUGGCGCCAUGCUGCUGAGGGAUGUCCCCGGCUAUUGCCUCUACUUCAUCCCCUAUGUGUUCCUGAAUGACUGGAUCACACCCGAAGCCUGCACAGGCCCCAGCCUCUGUGCUGUGUGGCUGGCGGGCGGCGUGGCAGGAGCAAUUUCUUGGGGGACAGCGACUCCUAUGGAUGUCGUGAAAAGUCGACUCCAAGCUGAUGGGGUUUAUUUAAACAAAUACAAAGGUGUCCUGGAUUGUAUCUCCCAGAGUUACCAGAAGGAAGGUCUUAAAGUGUUUUUCAGAGGCAUCACAGUGAACGCUGUGCGUGGCUUCCCCAUGAGCGCCGCCAUGUUCCUCGGGUAUGAGUUCUCGCUGCAGGCAAUCCGCGGGGACCACGCCGUGACUAGCCCCUGAGCACCAGGGCCAGCGUCACCUGGCCAGAGCUGGUGUCAUCUGACCAGAGCCUCUUUUUGCUACAAGUUGGUGCUGGAGGCAUGACAUCUCUAGACUCCUCAGUAGUGAACUUAAGAGAAAGAAGGCCUCUCUUCCACCCGUGCUGUGGGUCAGGUGGGCCCUCAGCCAUCGGCGCCAACCUCAGAAUCCCUUCUUUCCUGAGGACUCUGCUCCUUACCUCCCAGCUGCGGCCACUCAGCUGCUGCCUGGGAAGGAACCUUUGGACCAUUGGACCACUGACCGACCACCAGCUAUUUCCGAUCUCCACUGGCCCCAAUACAAAGGAGGAUAAGAUUGGCCCUGUCCCCAUGCCUGCUGUUACACUCACUGGGAGCUCAUGGAGGAGCUCAACUGCAUGUUUCCAAAUAAAAACACUGAAGACCUCUUCAGGUCAUUACUGAAUCAGAUGCUUCUGCCUGGCUUCCACAGGAUACUGGCCACUCUCGUUCUUCCCUCUGUUUAGAUCUCUAUAGAUGGUGUUGGCCCAAAGAACCCGCUCCACACAGGUGAGAAGAGAAACCAAGGAUGGCCGUCAUGCUUCUUUAUGCCCUGCUGCCUCUGGUGGGCAAGGAGGGCACCUGACUCCGGUGGCACUUGCUGACGGGGCGCCUCAGAAUGGUGUUAGUGAGCGUGCUGGGAUGGGCAUUCUCUGGGCCUUAUUUCCACACGGAGAACAAAACAAAACAAAGUACUUUGUCCACAGCCUGGUUUCCAGAAUGGUUUCAUUAUUCUAAAUGUUCUCUCUCACUAGAACCAUGUAGGAAGUCCAUUGCU